CUCCUGUGUCCGCAUUUUGUUACUAGUGUUUAUGACAAUAGUUUUUUUAUUAAGCAGUGCCUUAUUGUAUCGACGUUUAUGAAAACAUCAGUACGGGAUGCGGCAUAUUCAAACAUGGUACGUAACGUAUGGUUGUUGACGAAUAUCCCCCAAAUACACGAUGUGAGCGGGAAAAAUCAAAACUUCCCCAAAAUAACCGACGUAAAGGCGAAAAAGCGACAUUUCCCCUUUAUUUACGCUUUCGUCCGCUUCAUUUCACCUUUAUUUCCCCUAUAUUGGUUGCUUGGGGAUUCUGAGGAAAUAUUGGGGAAUUCCCCCAAAACGGGUAAAAUGUUCCCAAAAGUUGAAAAAAUGGUAAUACUCUCUUACCGAUAACUUCAUAUUUGCAGAAAAUGUUGCGAGCCAGACGCUUUUCGUAAAUGUCGUUCACAUUUGUUAGGAAGGCCAUUUCGCUGACUAGUCUAUUGCUACGGUUGCAAGCUGCUGACGAGAACCCACGAAAUCUCAUUAUUUGGUUAGUUACAUAUGUCAUCAAAGAAACCACCCAAAGCAUUGUACGUUCCACCAGCUUUAAGAGCAAACAAAAUGCGAGCGAAGUCAAAAAAGAGUUGUCCUUUUUAGAAUCUCCAAUAUCAUAUGCUUCUGUGAAUGAACAAACUGAUGUAGAACAACAAUUAAAAUCACUUACACUUUCUGACAACUGUAUUGAUGAUGACGAAUGUGUACUCAAAAAAAAACUUUUUAAUCAAAAGCUGUCACAUAAUGAUAGCAACAGUGAACCAGUCAUAAGGUUGAAAGAUUUCCAACAUAUUUUAGAGUUAUAUAACUUUUCAAAAGACUUUCAAAAUUUUCACUUGGAAGCGGAACUCACAGGAUUUGAAGAUAGUGGAUUUUACCUUAAAUGGGUCGAUGAUACUCAUUGUUUAGCUGUAUUCUCUUCAAAUGAUGAAGCGAAUCGUGCAUUGGCUCAAAUAUCAGGACUUUUCAUGAAGGCUCGUAAAAUUAAUGACGCUUCUUUGGCUAGCAAGUUGAAGAUUGCUCGUUCACCUGGUGACUGGACUAUGCCCUAUAAAAAACGACCAGUUACGACUAGCUCAACAGCUCGAAGAUUAAUUUCCAAUCAUUUGGGUAUUGUUCCUACUAAAAUCAAAUCUCCUGAGGAAACUAUGAAAGAGGAACAAGAUAAAGCUCUUUUACGAGAAGCACGUGCUCGUGCGGAAGCUAUUCGUCAGGCACAGAAAUCUCUAUGGGAAGACGAAUAAUGUGACAAUUACAAUUAUGUUUUAGAAUUAUUCCUGUAAAAAGAGUGAUUUUUUGCCUUGGGAAUCCUUUUUAUUUAUAGUGAGAAAAAAAUCUUUGCAUUUGACUAAAAAUUCAUAUCAUAAUCAUUAGUUAGUAUCAUGAGUAAUAUCUAAAUUAUAUUUUUUCCAACACUGACUUGUUAAUUUUUCAUCUUUCCACUCUGUCAAUCUGUUUACAUGCAAACACUUUAUGCCUUUUCGCUUGUGUAGUGUAAAUUGAAUAUGUCAUUAAUAAAUCAUGGAACUUUCUUCAUCAUGUGUAUCUAUUUGACAUGCUUCUUGUUACUUUUGCAAAUCAUCUAAUUGUAUUUUUAAUAUGUUUCUUUCUUGUUCUAUAUAUGCGUUUAUUGUAAUUUGUUAUUUUCUGGUAUUAAGUAUGCUUUUUUAUUUCACUAGGCUUCGGAUUGUAUUUUUUUCGGUUUAUAUUGAUCUUAGAAACAUAAAAAAUACGACAGGGC